AUGAAUCAUCGUAAAACAGAUUUUAUUACAAGAUUUCGUUUAUUAAAUUCUCAAGAUAGUACUGAAGAAAUUGUGUGGUCGUGCAGUAGUUCUAGUGAUAAUGAGAAUAAUGAUAAAAUCAAUAGUAACCAAAACCGAAAACAUUGUAAGACAAGGAAAAGGAAAGCAAGUAAAAUGAUGUGUAUCAAUGACAUAUCUAAUUUACAAUUAACAAUAUCAGAUACCUCCCAAGAAAGUCGAGGUAAUUAUAACACCUCCCCCAUUCUUAAAUCGAGACUAUCAAAAUCUAUUUCAAACUUAAAGAGGAACAACUCGCCACCCCACACUGAAAUUAAGGAAUCUACAUCACCAAUUUUACAACCAAAAACUGAUAAACGGAGAACUAAAAGCCCUGUAUUAGUUUCAAAAUUAAAAGAAAACUCUCCGGAUGUAUGUAAAAAGUUAUUUAAUUCAAAUGUUACAAAUCAGUGUAGCAUUAAGAAAAGGCGCAUUUCACCUAUAGUAUGUGAAAGAAGCAGUGAAGGUCCUUCUUUGUUUAAGACGGAACUUUUUUAUAAAACUGAUGAUAGUAAUCAAAAUAAAACAGCAUUGGUAGAAAAAAUUAAAUCAUACUUUCAGAGAAGUUUAAGUACAGAAUCUCUGUCACAAAAUUCAAUCAGUGAAUAUUCUACACCCAAAAAUAGUUCAAAAACCAGCGAUGAGGUAGAAAUAAUAGAUUUUACUCAAGGCUUGUCUAUGCCAAUAAAACAAGAAGGUUCCUCAAUUACUACACACUCUGCAGAAAAAAGCAAAAGGGUCAAGUACAAAAAGGAUGGUUUAGCAUAUCGCUUAGACAAUUUAUUAAAAAAACAAAAUGCCAAUAUUUCUCUGUGGCAGCAUGAACAAUAUUUGGCAAAUAAUUCAAACUUUAUCAUGCCAAAGGGAGCAUGUGCAGUGUUCCGAAUUAAAAAUGUUGAUUUCAAAUUUGGAUGUUUUUUACUACUAGCAAUAAGUGACAAGGACGAAGUCUUUAUUAUUUUAAUUAAUAAAAUAUAUGUGAAAGAAAAAAUUGAUAGUGAUGUAAUUUUAAAAAUAUAUGAGCCUUACAAAGUGUUAGAUUUUAAUGACAAGUGUAAAUUAAUUGUUAAUGUAUGUAAAUAUGUUUGUGAAUCAUUUAUCUUGUGA